CUAGGAUGCCAGUUAAUAGCUUUCAGAAAUAUCCAGGUGGUUGCCUUUUAGUCGGAGGUAGCAAUCCUAUCUGCACGCAUCGCCUGUGUUGUGCUAUGGCGAAUGAGCUGGAAUGUCAGGUCUGCGGAGCUUCUUGCUCCCUUCAGACUGGUAGCUACUCGCUACACUAUCUAAAAUUAGACCACAAACAGCAACCCCUGCGAUCAGAAGAGUGGCAGACGGAAAACAUCGGUACAGGUGUCAAUGGAUCCAAUGCGGAAAAUGGCUAAUUUCUCCUAAUGGACCGCAUGGAUGUCCGGUCGCAGCCUAGUUUAGUACGGGGCAUGUCCGCCAUCAUCGCACAUCGUACUACCCGAUCAAUUGCCCGUGUUCAGUAUAGCCAAUAGCUGUCAUGCCUGGACUUCAGGAACUAGAAAAGUUGCCGCAUGGUAUUUGUGUUUACUUGGGUUAAGCGUUAGAUCUAUUUCCCUAGUGGUAACACAAAUAUUGAAAUAGAGCACAGGGCAAGAGCUGUGCUUUUCAACAUAGAAGCCGGCUUUUGCAUG